GGCAGUAGCUCGCGCCGGGGUCGAGGGCGUGGCGGCCCGGCAGCCGGCGCCGCACAGACUCUGCCGCGGCCACCUCCCGCCGUGUCUCCCCGGAGGCCCAGCCCCUUUGCGACUCCCGAGCUCCCGCAUAGCCCGUCUGGCAGCCCCGGCCUCUCCUUCCCUUACCUGCCUGCCUGCUGCGGCGACCACGCGCGCAGUUGAUGCCUGGUAGACAUCUUUGAACUUUAAAAACGGAGAAGACCUGCUUUUAGAGGAAAAUGCUGAGGGACGCUAUGAAGUCUUGGAAUGAUAGCCAGUCAGAUCUUUGCAGCACUGACCAUGAAGAGGAAGAAGAGAUGGUUUUUGGUGAAAAUGAAGAUGACUUGGAAGAGAUGAUGGAUUUAAGUGACCUGCCUACCUCACUUUUUGCUUGCAGUGUCCAUGAAGCAGUGUUUGAGGUGCCGGAGCAGAAGGAGAGAUUUGAAGCACUCUUCACCAUCUAUGAUGACCAAGUUACGUUUCAGUUGUUCAAAAGCUUUAGAAGAGUCCGAAUAAAUUUCAGCAAGCCUGAGGCGGCGGCACGGGCUCGGAUAGAACUCCAUGAGACAGACUUCAAUGGCAGGAAGCUGAAGCUGUACUUCGCACAGGUACAGAUGUCCAGUGAAACACGGGACAAGUCCUAUUUACAGCCGCCCCAACCUGCCAAGCAGUUCCUCAUCUCCCCUCCUGCAUCACCUCCGGUGGGGUGGAAGCAAGGGGAAGACGCAACGCCUGUUAUAAACUAUGAUUUACUCUGUGCUGUUUCCAAGUUGGGACCAGGAGAGAAAUAUGAACUUCACGCAGGAACCGAAUCCACACCAAGCGUGGUGGUUCACGUCUGUGAAAGUGAAACUGAAGAGGAAGAAGAAACAAAAAACCCCAAACAGAAAAUCACCCAGACACGGCGCCCAGGACCUCCGACCGCAGCGCUGAGCGAGCCUCGGGCCUUCGACUGUGCACUUUGAGGCUUUGGUGGCGUGGCGCGGAGCCGCUGCCCACCUGGCCUGGGAUGGCGGGGACAUGCCCAUCCGUGACCUUGACCACUGCUAUGCCAAGGGGAGGCCGGGGGGCAUGGAGCACCCACACUGGGGACAGUAGAACACGGAGUAGCAGUUUUAACUGAUCAGUUAAAAUCACAGCUUUUAACUGAUGUUCUGAACAGAAUAUUACUUUAAAGGAUUAGCCCCCACCACGUGGCAACUCUUGACCACUUUUAAAUAGCAAAUUAGGAGAAUGGCUUCCUCCAGAAACAUUGAUUUCCCUGAUUCUGGAUAGCACGGGGUACCCCAAAGUGAAAACUGUAGUCACCCAGGGCAGUUCCAUUUUUGAGAACUUAAAAAUAGUCGUAUAAUUAAAAAAAAAAAUUAGUCUUACAAUUUUAAUAAUCUAGUUGGGUAUGUUUGUACCAGUCUUUUGGCUUCCAACAAGUCUGUUGGUCAAAGAUUCAUUGCUAUUCAAUAUACAUGGAAUUUUUGGCCCAGAAAGAGACCUGACAUAGAGAAUAAUUCAUAGAAAGUAAUUUUUUCUUCUCAAGUGGUUUUUUUUUUCUUUAGCUUUGGGGAAGAAAUGCCGAGUUCCCUUCAACUGUCAGAAUCAAGGUGCCCAAAUCUACGUGCACACUGUUCUCAUCAGAGUGAUACAUAAUAGACCCCAGUUCCUGAUAGGCGCCCAGGCAAAGAGCUGCUGCUUUGGGAACGAGACGCAUCACCUGUGAGCUUGAUGCCUGUGACCUCAUGCGGCUGCCACACUCUCCCAUUUGUGACACAUCCUGGCCUGUAGCUCGGACUGUCUUCAACCACCAGUUGGGUGGUCAUUAUUCAUAUUUGUGUGUCAUCAUUCAUAGACUUUAAAUCAGAAAAAUACUGAUAAGAUUUUCCGAAGACUGUUUUUAAAUUGUCCAUUCAAACAUUUUUCUGUUGGCUUUGACACAGAAGUCACACACAUAGUAUUUCUGUGAGUUAAAGAAAGAUGUAACAGAUAGGGAUAAUUCAUUGGUCAGAGUUUCUUUUGGGUGAAAUUUGUUUACUGUGGCUUCCCGUUGGCAUUUUCCCUUAAAACAGAAUUGUUUCCUGCUUGUGUUUGAGGGUGUAUCAUUGAACAGACAUCUUCUUAACUCUUUUGUGGUCUGUUUGAAUUUCAAAGUACUUUUUGUAGAAAAGUGUCGUAACUAAGAAUGCUUUGCUUCAGGUCAGGUGGCCAUACUGGUUCUCUGCUCCCUCCAAGGUUUUCUUUGUAAGACAAGUGUCUGGGGCUCCUCGCUGUGUCUGUGCAAGGACUUGUGAGUUUGGACUAAUAAACCAGUGUGGCUGCCACGACAACAGAAAGAAAAAUGCAGAAAUUCAGAUCAUGCUUUCGAUACAUUUUUGGUAAUGUGUUUCAGUGGUCUAGAUGUUCUUAUUGUGGUAGAAUUUAUUUCUAAGGACUUAAACUUUAUUGCAAAAAAAAGUUUUCUAUAUUUUCCUUACCUUAAAAUAUGCUGAGAUGAUCGACUCUUCUGUUUGUAUAUAUCCACCACUGGUAAGCCUCGAUGUAAAAUUCAGUUGAAAUUUGUGAUUCUGCAAGCAGCUUAUUAAACUUAUUAAUUUAUUAUUUGGCAGUGUAACUGGCAGUCACUAAUACAUUUACUUUGCAGUUCUAAAUUCAGCCAGAUUUUAAUCUUAUCUAGGUGCACGAACUUAUCAUUGCAGAACAAACUCUGUAAGUCAGGAAAUGUAUGUAUUUUCAAUGCUUGGAAAUUUUUGAGUUUUCUUUUAGGUAAUAUUUAUUCACUGUAAUUUUCUAAGUGAUCAAAAGUCAUGAUGCUUUUUUAUUUGGCUUGGCUUUCAUGCUCUACCUUCCAAUUAAAGAGUAUUCUAUCCCUAACUUAAAACUGCCUUUUAUAGUCCAACAAUGCAAAUUUAAGCGUUAGUUGCUCAGUUGUGUCUGACUCUCUGUGACCCCAUGGACUGUAGCCCACCAGGCUCCUCUGAUCAUGGAAUUCUCCAGGCAAGAACACUGGAGUGGGUUGCCAUUUCCUUCUCUAGGGACUCUUCCUAACCCAGGGAUCAAACCCAGAUCUCUUGCAUUGCAGGCAGAUUUUUUACCGCAUGAGCCACCAGGGAAGCCCCCACCCCACCAAUGCAAAUUACCUGAAUAUUUCUUUUUCUCUUUUCUUUAUUUUUUUUCAGUGUUGAAUAAAUUGAAGAAAAACUUAAACCAAGAUUAAGUAUAUAUUAAAUAAUAUAUUUUUAAUUUAAUAUAUGUAAAACUUUUCUGAGGCUUUCCCCAGUGGUCCAGUGGUUAAGACUCCAGUCUUCCACUGCAACUUUUCUGAAUGGAAAACAUUAAUAUUUUUGUUCUUUCUAGUAUAUUAUUUCCACAACAUGAGCUCUGAAAGAAAAACUACUAAAUCCAUUCACUUUUUAAAAUUUUUGUCUGUAACCCACAGCUUGAGAGAAUCUUAUUUCCUUGACCAGGGAUUGAACCCAAGCCCUUGGCAAUGAAAGCACCAAAUCCUAACCACUAGACCCCCAGGAAGUUCCUACCCAUUAACAUUUUAAUAUUGUGAAAUCAACCAGAAUCUCCCCAGGUAUUAUGAUCUCUGAUCUGUUUUGACUAUUGUGUAUCCAAUUCAUGUGUCCAUCUUGUGAGAGACGAGUCUCAUUCAUCUUUUAUUUAAGUACCUUUUAAUAAGUUUUAUCUACAUUUCUUCUUUGAAACCGAGUCAUCACUUAGAUUUAACUGUAGCCAUGGUUUCUUUAGACACCAUAAUCUCAGGAAUCAGGUUAGGCAAUUGUGAGGAGAGAAGAUGAUGCUUUUUGUUAGGAAAAAACAUUUGUAGAAGAUAAAAUCAUAAGACAAUAAAAAUAGUCAACAGAACUUGCAAUGCAUGGGCUCUUGUGGUCUAGAUUCUUUCUCUCUACCCACCUGACGAAACCAGAAGUGAAUCUGUUAUAUUUAGAAGUGUACGCCUCUGAGCAUCUACUAGUUUAGGUGCUAAGAGGCAGAAGUGGUAAAAACAGUUCCCUUGCCUUGAAGAGCUGAAAAUCGGGUGAAAGCAAACUAGUCUUUCCACAUUCUGCUUCUCCAAAAUGUUGUCACUAAAACCUAUCAGUAAUGAAGAGUCAAGUAAAAGCUACUGGGAACUUUUAAGUUCAACAUAAAGGGUAUUUUUUAAAAUUGAAAUAUAGUUGAUUUUCCAGUGUUCUGUUAGUUUCUGCCGUACAGCAAAGUGAUUCAGUAUAAAUUCAGAUACAUAUUCUUUUUUAUAUUCUUUUCCAUUGUGGUUUAUCACAGGAUAUUGACUAUAGUUCCCCGUGCUAUACAAUUGGACUUUGUUGUUUAUAACAUAAAAGUUUAAAUAAACAUUUUGGUUUAUGGGAUAUUCAAAUCAAAGAGAUGCCAGGAGAUAGUAGCACUUUGGUUCUUCUAGAAUAUGAUUGUUUUUCCCAUUCGCAUUAAUCCCAUCUUUUUAAAAUGUUGUGAUAUAAGGUGAAAAUAUUUGAUUUCUCAGAAUCUCAAUUACAGAGCUGAAGGCAUCUUUGGAAAUCGUAUAGUUUAUCCUCGCGUUGCUUAGAUUACAAAGCAGGAGAUGUGACUUGCUACGAAGCGCACAGAAAGCAGCCCAGGCUCUAGAAUUGCCAGUCCCAACUUCCGGGCUGUGGCUUGUGUGUACUUUUUCUUGCAUUGACUUCUUAAAGACACUCAGAGACAGCAAUAACCAGCCAUAAGAAACAAAAGGGGAAAAAAUUCCUUUUCCCCAGUGAGGUACAAUGAGUAAGAAAAAUCUUAUCUGAUGACGUCAGUGACUUAGUAAUUUCAAUGAAUGAAUUUAAUGUUCCAUGUUUUGUGUUUUUGUUGUCAUUGUACCAUUGGAUUUGGAAUCUACUUAAUGUUAUUUUGGUAGCCAGGAAUUGUGGUGACAUUUUAUGUAGGCUUUCCUAGAUUUUCAUAAUAAUCAGAUUAAAGUAUAAAUAGGCGUCCUUGAGACAUGACUGUAAUGAAGCAGAAUGAGAUCUAAUGUGAUUUGGAAAGAGCUUGCAGUGGAAGGGCACCUCACUCAGUGUGUGUGAGAUGGAAUUCUGGUAAUGGCUGAAGGCUGAUCUGUGCUUCGUGUUUUUAUAUAGACUUUUUUUUUUUUACAGCCCAUGGCUUUAUUUUUAAAAGGGAAAAUCUAAAACAUAAUUAAGUGUUGGAAAUGACAAAAUUCUUCAGUGUGUCAAGCUCACUGUUUGGUGGAUGUCUCUUUUCUCCAGAGUUGUGUACUUCAUACCUGUCCUACAGUGAGAUCAGUCAGUCUUUCCCUUCUUGGCUCACUUGCAUUUCUAUCUUCCUGUAGGAAAGGAAAGGAAUUUCUUACAAUAAGUAUGCUAAUAUAAAGAAACUAAAGACUCGGAGAAGUAGUUGCCUUCUAGUUGAAGAAAUAAGUCCAUGUUGUAGAACUGUGUCUUUUAAAAGGUUCAACAAAUUUAAAGAAUAAGAUUUAUGAACCUUCUCCAACAAUUUGAUAAAUACAUGUUUUUUAAACUUCCAUUGGAGUGGGGUCAGUCAGAGCCCCUUCAUUGGAAUGCCAUUGUUUUUUAACCAUGAAUCAGGGGGAAAUUGUAAUAAUUUGUAGAGUGUCGUUAUUAACGAAUAUACAAGCAACAAAGCAACCGAAAUUUCCAAUUCCUAGAUUCACUGAUCAAAAAAUUAUAAAGACGGUCAAAUUAGAACUUUCCAGCUAGGGUUAAAAAGAGCUAAGCUUGGGCUGAGUCAAAGUAUCCCUGUCCAUUUAAACAAAAAUUUGAAGGCCUUUUGCUACAUCAGUCAUGUGGUCUCUCCUGUCAACCUACAUUUCUAAACAAAACCAUGUUCUGCAGGCUCUUGGAACUCCUGCGUGGCUUUGACUGACUGUCCAUUCUUGUCAUAAGGGAAGACUUAUAUCUCUGCACCUAAUCUGGGUUUUCUGUGCUGUUUUCUCUUCAGUCCCCAGGCUUCUAACUCAGACUGGGGACUGAGGAGAGAGAAAGGUGGCUAGCCCUGCUAUUGUGCCAUACUCCUCCCACCGCUUCUCAGCCCAAGUGGGGGCCCCGUGAUUUCAUUCCUCCUAUACUGUGUGUAGCCUCCAAGUUCAAGAAAUGUUUCUCCACCAUUUCACUUCUGUGUUAACUGAACGCAGGAGUCAGAUUUAUUAUUUUAAUCUGCAAAUGUCUGUUAUCUUGUGUUACAUUUUGGGGCACGUUACCUUUCUGCUACUAUCAUCUGUAGUGAAUAUUACUGUACUUCCAAAAACUGGUCAAUAAUUCAUAUGUGUAUAUUCUGCCCUUUAGUAUGCUUAAAGUGGUGAUUCAUAGUCUGUAGUACUUUGUCAACUUUGGCUCUUCUGUAUUUUGAGGACAUUUAAACAUUCCUUGUCUUGUCAAGGUGACAAAAGCAUAAUGUAAUUUUGGGGGAAAUCUUUGUGAUUAAUGGUAACAGUUUUGUUUUUAAAGCUAAUAAAGUUAGUUGUUUUUUUUUAA